CCCAAGAACCUCAUAAUAUGUCAUCAACUGCCAUCGUCACGCUGCCACCCUUGCAUGAAACAGCUUUCUCUCGACUCCCUCCUACUUGCCGCUGCUGCGAUUUCCCCCAAGCACCCUGGAUCCCCGGCUGGCCCCGCCGCAGCACUUUCGCUCAAUCGAUUCCAGGUCUCUUCCUAUCCCUCCACAUCACACAACUUCCAGCUUCCGGCUUCUCUUCAUGCCAAUCCCUUUCUCUUUAGCUCAGUUUUUAUCAAUUCUAGGACCAGUUCGGAGCGUUCAUAACCCGCAUAUGGUUCUCUCUAACCGGCCCGGGAAGGCAUAUUGUCAUCGUCUAAUACUUGGUAAUCAUUGAAAAUGUCAAGAAUGUAUAUAAGUUGUCAGCAAGGACUCGGCUCGUCCUCUCUACCUCAAACCUACUACAUAGUUGAAACAUCAACCAACAACAGGUAUACAGAACGGGCAGCUUUACCAACACCCUAACAUUCACAAGUGCUAGCAGAGAGUGACUGGUACAUCAACAUGAAGAGCUCGAUCAUCUUCUGCUUCUUUGCUGCCUUCGGCGGCUGGGUAUUCGGUUACGAUAUUGGAUACAUCUCAGGAUGUCUGAUCAUGCCUAACUUUAUCCAAUACAUGGGAGAACAAGAUCCUGCCACAGGGGAAUGGAUUCUCUCCUCACAACGGCAAAGUAUCAUCACCUCUUUGCUAUCCGCCGGUACUUUCUUUGGCGCUCUCCUGCAAAGUUUUACCAGUGACAGACUUGGUAGAAGGGGAUCGAUCAUCUUCUGGUCCAUUAUCUUCUCUGUUGGAAUCAUUAUCCAAGUAUCUUCCUUCGGUCUUGCUCAGAUCACUGUCGGUCGAUUCGUAGCCGGUCUCGGUGUCGGUGCACUCUCAGCUAUCGUCCCGCUUUACGUGGGGGAAGCGGCCCCCAAGAAAUUGCGAGGUGCUCUUCUUGUAUUGUAUCAAGUCCAGAUCGCAUCCGGUCUCUUCUUGGCCUACAUCGUCGAUCUUGGAACACAUCACCUCAAGUCCUCAGCUUCAUGGCGUAUUCCUGUUGGUCUUCAGCUCGUUUGGGGUGCAUUCCUAAUUGUCGGCGGUUUACUCCUCCCUGAAUCACCGCGUCUUCUGCUCGGUAGAGGUGACGAGAAAGGCGCCCUCAAGGCUAUCGCGAGGUUAAAUGACUGUGAAGUGGACGAUCCCUUGACGAGAGAUGUUAUCAAGGAUUUGGAAGAAGCCAUCAGGGAGGAAAAUGAGGGUGGAAAGGCUGGAUGGUUAGAGUGUUUCAGCACGAGGAGUAUGAUGUGGAAGAGAACUCUGAACGGUUGCAUGGUACAAUUCUUGCAGCAACUCAACGGACAGAACUUCUACUACUACUACGGCCCAGUAUUCUUUGAGAGUGCUGACGUCCCUCUUUCUGCGUACUCUAUCCAAGCCAUUCUCGGCGGUAUCUCCCUCGCCACAGUCAUCCCCGCCAUGUGGACCAUCGAGCACCUUGGGCGACGUAAAUCACUCCUUUUCGGCGCCGCUAUUCAAGCUGCCUGUGCCCUCAUCGCCGGCUUGGUUGGUCAUUACUACACCGAUGUGGCGGGUGUCACCGAUUCCAUGGUCAAGACGGGUGGUAACGUUUUAAUUGCGUUUGCUGUCAUUCAUGUUUCCAUGUACAGUUUGUUCUGGGGACCUACACCCUGGGUCAUCCUGGGCGAGACUUACCCUCUCCGUGUUCGACCAAAGGCGAUUGCUCUUGCUGCUGCUGUUAACUGGCUUUGGAAUUUCCUUCUCUCUUACUUCUCGCCUUUGAUUGCUGAUGACAUCGGCCCUCUUAUUCUCUUGAUCUUCUUUGGAUGUCUUAUCUUCGCUUUCGUCUACGUCUUCUUUAUGCUUCCAGAGACUCGAGGAAUUACCCUCGAAGAAGUCGAUGAGCUCUACCGAUCCAAAAUACCCCCAUGGAAGUCCAAUAGCUGGAAACCUUCAUCCCAUCACGCGGCUCUCGACGCCCUUGAAGGCGAAAGCCGAAAACCAGUUGAGGUGCCUGCUCAGGCUCCUGGCACGCUGGAUGAGACGAAGCCUGCGGAUGAGCACUUGGAAAAUGCGCCUGCGGCUAAGGCUAGGAUUGAGGGGGAAAGAGGAGCGAGAGAAAAGAGUAUUGUGUAAAUCGACCUGGCGCGUUUAAAAAGGCUGUUGUGCUGUAACCUUUUCGCCGUGUGUGUAUAUCGAUAGAAAAAGGGGUAAUAGAUAACAGAUUUUGUGUUGGAAUGAUAGGAAGAGGCAACUAUCAUUAAUGAAUAAAGGUAUUUCAUUUGCGUCUAACGACUACCUUCUAAAUCAUUAAGACUUAUUACAAUAACUAUAGUAAAGCUGUAUAGGCACCAGAUUUUAAGUGGCCCAAUUAAUUCUUGUCCC